AUGCAUUGUUCCUUUCUGCCAUUUCAGAAUUCACUUGAUUCGUAUGAACAGGUUGACCCCAAUCAGAACCCGGGCCCAUUUGACAAUGACUUCCAACAGGAAGGCAUGCUAUCGGACUCUGAGGAUACCAGUGAUGUGAAUUCUUCUUGUACAAACUCCUUGCAGACUAACCCCUUGCACAUUCAGCCUUUCCAGUCUCCCAAUGACCGGCUGGUAGAAUCAGAAUCAGAAGGACAUCAAGCAACACCUCCAAGUGUAUCGCGUAGAGAUCGUGAAAAGAAGCUAUUCCAGGCGGGCAGAGACUUCAUCAAAUCGGUCCAAGGGGCAAACCAAUCAAGCUUAUCCCACCAUCAGUUGCGCAAGCAAAAAGCCCAGACACUGCGCAUGCUGAGGCAGCAGCCCAUGAAAAUGACCAGCAACUCAGCUGUCAAGGAUAUGGUCAUCUUUUCAGUUGACUCGCCUACCUUUUCUGUAUCGCUUGAUGCCUCUCGUUCUCCGACCUACAGCCUGUCUGGGCUGGAUCAUGGUACCUGCGUGGAGAAAACAAUGGAACGACGAUUGCGAAAUAACGAGGCUUCUCGUCGUUCUAGGGCGGCAAAAAAAUCGCGCUUCGCUGCAAUGGAGCGUGAAGCCGAACAGCUGGCUUGGCAAAAUCAGCGUCUUCGAAUUCGGCUGAAACAGUUGAAUCUGGCCGCUGCCGAGGCUAAGGAAUUACUGGUUGGCAAAGUGUCCUUGUUAAGUACGAGCAAUGGAACAGUCAAGUCAGAGGCUUGA